CAAAAAACAUUUCCCUUUGUGCUAACAUUAUCAUUACCUUGUACUAUUAGCUUAAAAAUGCAUUCAAAAUUCAUCCAUUUCGCUCUUUUUAUCUUUAUUAUCUUUACUAUCUCCGCCGGUUCUUUAGCCCUUAGCCCGGUCGGCGGAAGGAAGAUGAGCUCGAAUACCGAGAUGGGAUCACCUAGCUCAGGUAGUGGCGCGGCUCAUGGGCCUAACUGGGAUUACAAUUGGGGUUGGGGUUCAAGCCCGAGCGGAGGAUGGGGUUAUGGUUCGGGCUCGGGUAGGUCUCCUAAUGGAUUUGCACGAGGCUGGGGCUUUGGUUCCGGGUCAGGGAGCGGGUCUGGUUCGGGCUAUGGUUAUGGUUACGGAAGCGGUGGGGCUCAUGGUGGUGGUUAUGGAGCUGGAAGUGGUUCGGGUGGUAGUGGAGGCGGUUUUGGUUCGGGAAGUGGUGGUUCACCAUCAGUUCCCGAACGUCAUGGUUAAAUUAAAACUUUGUAU